AUGCCAACCUCGUCCAAGCAGACCAGUCGUGGCGCGGCACCCAAACACAACGCCAGCCAUGCUCCUGUUCCUACAAACGGUGAUCUUCCUUUCACCCUUACGAACCCCGCCAGCUGGGUUCCCUACGUCCAAUUGAUGCGUCUCGACCGACCAGCCGGCUUCAUUGGAUUCUACAUGCCCUCACUGCUAGGCCUCGUCUACGCAGCCAGUCUCGGCGGGUCGCAGGUCGAGCCGAUGCAACUGGUCCAAGGAGGCAUCUUCUUUUUGAUAGCCAACAUCUUCAUCCGCGGUGCCGCCUGCACCUGGAACGACAACAUCGACCAGGACUACGACCGCCAGGUCGACCGGUGUCGCCAGCGCCCCAUCGCCCGGCGCGCCGUGUCGACCACACAGGGCCAUAUAUUCUUAGCCGCGCAGCUAGCCGUGCUCGCUGUCCUCUUCCGUCCACUCCCCUGGCCCUGCGCCCCCUUCGCCACCGCCAUGGGCGCCUUCUAUGCCCUGUAUCCCUUCUGCAAGCGCUUCACCAACUACCCGCAGGCCAUCCUCGGUGUACCCCUCGCUCUGGCUAUCCUCGUCUCCGCGUACUCUCUCGAUACACACACGUCCUUCUUCGAUGAACAAAACACCCCCGCUACCUUGGCCCUUUGCGCGGCGGAGAUCCUCUGGACCAUGAUCUACGAUACGAUCUAUGCGCACCAGGAUCUGCAGGACGACGUGCGAGCAGGUGUCAAGUCCAUGGCUGUUCGCUUCCGCCACUCCACAAAGCCGCUGUGCUCCGUCCUCGCUGUCUUGCAGCUCGCGAUACUGGCUUUGGCUGGUGUGUAUACUGAUAUGCCGGCCAGUUAUUUUCUCGUGGGCGUGGGAGGUACUGCUGUCGCGCUGGUUGUGAUGAUUGCUGCCGUCGAUCUGAUGGUGCCGGCUAGUUGUGCACGGUGGUUCAAGUUGGGGUUCUGCUUUGUGGGUGGGUGCAUGAAUGGAGGAUUCUUGGUGGCUUAUUUCGAACGAUGGUUGUCUAUUCGGUCGUAA